AUGGUGAAAAAAACUUCAGCUACUUGGUCACAAAAUUCAAAACAAGCAAUUUUGAAUUUUGGACGUCCAAUUGCAUAUUGUGAAACAGAUUAUUUGGCACGUACUGCACUCUAUAACCGACCUAUUUGGCAAUGUGAGAUAACGGGUAAACAAGCACUUACUUAUAAAGAAGCACUUGAUAGCGAGAACACGCAUAGAGAAGCGUUACAUGAAAAGUUCCCGGAGGGUUUGAAACGUCAAAUAUUGGAGUUUGUUCAAUUUCGUGGCUCUAAGUCUCGCAAAGCCGUGUCUUCGCAAAUUACCUAUCGUGUACAAAUGUUAGACGAAGGCGGAAACGCAUUGAGGCAAAAAAGUAGUAAGAAAUACAUAACCAAGACCUUGAUUGGAGGCGAAGCCAUGAGCCGCGUAGAUAAAUUAUCAUUUACCAAGACUCUUAUUCGUCAGUUCAUUAAAGAGUCUGCAACUAAGAGUACAUAUGUCCGCGCGCCGUGGUUAAUAAAGUUACCGGAAGACUUACAGAAAGCCAAAGAUAAAGCUAUCGAAAAAAGCAAAAAACGAAAGAAAUCAAAGACCAAUAAAGGAACUAGUAGUAAUGUACGAGAUUCAAAGAAACAAGAAUCUGCAUCCGCGGAUCAAUUACUCUUCAAAGGCAAAAAACGUCAAAUAACACCUCGUAAUGCCGCUGUUAGAGAUAAUAUGAAGAAUGAGUCCGAUAGUGAUCCAGCACAAACAGACCAAGCUAAUGAUGAAAGCACAACAGGUUCAACAUGGGAAAUCUUAAAUGAAUUAGGGAAAAGAUGGGAUAAAAGAAUCAUAUCUCCUGGUGAUGGGCGGAGAGCUGAUUCAGAUGAAGACUUUGAAGAAAGUUACGCGACCCUUGAAGUACUGGAUAAAUUGCAAAUAUUGAACUUUUUAGUUAACAUUACGACAAAGACUACCGUCAUUCAUGAUUACAUCGAUCGAUGUACAGAAAAAUUAGUAGAGCUGAACAAAGAAAAAAAUGACCUUAUCAAAGAGAAACGACAAGAGGAACAAAUUGAAAAGGACAAGCGAAAAUAUGCGUUGCCACGAAUCUUACCCUUGGGGCGUGAUCGUUUCUAUAAUAAAUAUUAUUAUACUGACUGCAUAGGUGCCGCAGUCGGUGAAAAAUAUGGAACGGGGAGGAUUUUUGUAGAGACACCAAGUACUUAUGAUUUGCAAAUAAUGACAGAGAAAGAAGAACAACGGUUCAACAAAAGACGGAAAGUUGAGGAAAUCUCUUUUGGCUCAGGCUCUGACAAUCAAACGAAAUGGGGUUAUUAUGAAGAUAUAAACCAGGUUUGUUUUAAAUUGUGUUGGUAA